AUGGAAGCUGCCCAUCAUCGGGAACCUUCACCGGAUGGUCGGGCCGUCCCUCCCGCACCGCCGGCUGUCGGACCUGGCCAGGAAAUACCGGCAUUUUAUGCAGCUCGAUCUGGGCGAAGUUUCCUGCAUCGUGUCCUCGCCGGAUUAAUGGGCCAAACAAUUCAUGCACACCGACGAACAUGGUGUUGA